AUGGAUCUGUAUAGGAACAUCUUACGUAGUGACAACUCUCUGGGUCAGUUUUUUUCUGGUCCGUCUGCCAACUUCAUUGCCGGGGCUGCUGCCGGUUGUACGACACUGAUUAUUAUCUACCCCCUUGAUAUUGCACACACCCGUCUUGCUGCUGAUCUGGGAACAACCGAGGCUCGUCAAUUCCGAGGUGUUCGCCACUUCCUUAAUACCAUACGUGAGAAAGAUGGUGUCCGAGGGAUAUACAGGGGCCUGCCUGCUUCUCUACAUGGAAUGGUUGUGCACAGGGGCCUUUACUUUGGUGGUUUUGAUACCAUAAAAGAGAUGAUGUCUGAAGACUCUAGACGAGAGGUGGCACUGUGGAAGCGUUGGGUGGUGGCUCAGGCAGUCACAUCAUCUGCUGGAUUGCUGUCAUAUCCAUUGGACACAGUUCGGCGACGGAUGAUGAUGCAAUCGGGCCUAGAAAAACCUAUGUACCAGAGUACUUUGAACUGCUGGAGGAGGAUUUACAGAACAGAAGGGGUGGCAUCAUUUUACCGUGGGGCUGUGUCAAAUAUUUUUAGGAGCACUGGCGCGGCUGCUAUAUUGGUUUUGUAUGAUGAGGUCAAGAAAUUUAUGAAUUGGAGUGGACUGUAGGAAGAAAUACUUUUGUUCGUUUUUGUUCCUGUAAGCGAAAGGAUUUAGGUUAGUAUGAAGCAGCACAGCAUGAAUGAUCGAAUAGAGUUGAUCAUUAUUCGCCGUGUUGCUUUUUGGAGGCUCUGGCAAAUAACGAUCCUUGAUUCUUUAGUUGAAAAAUAGAAUAAGGUAAUAUAGUUAGAAAUUUUUUUAUGCAGUUGCUGAUCUGGAAGUCAUCCUCUGUUAUGUAUCUUGUCUAUCUUUUCGAGUUUGUCUUG